AUGUCUUCCAUCAAGUCCUCGCCCUCCUGGCUCUGGCCACCGGUUUCGCUAGCGUUGUCAGUGCAGCAGAGACUGGUAAGACUACCCGCUACUGGUAAGGACUGCUGCAAGGGCUCCUGCGCAUGGCCUGGCAAGGCUGAUGUCUCCGCCCCUAUCACCACUUGCGACAAGAACGACAACCCUCUGACCGACGCCAACACCGCCUCUGCCUGUGAUGGCGGUUCCGCAUAUAUGUGCUCUGACCAAUCUCCUUGGGCUGUCUCAGAUACCUUGGCCUACGGUUUCGCCGCCGCAAACAUUGCCGGUGGCUCAGAGGAAAGCUGGUGCUGCUCUUGCUACAAGCUGACCUUCACCACCACCUCCAUCGCCGGCAAGACCAUGAUCGUGCAAGCCACAAACACCGGCGGCGACCUCGGCAGCAACCAAUUCGACCUCGCUAUCCCCGGUGGCGGUGUAGGCAUCUUCAACGCCUGCACUGACCAGUGGAAUGCUCCCUCUUCCGGCUGGGGAGCCCAAUACGGUGGCAUCAGCACCAACACAUGCAGUGCUUUCCCCAAGGCCCUGCAACCUGGCUGUGACUUCCGCUUUGACUGGUUCGAGAAUGCCGAUAACCCUGAGAUGGAGUUCGAGCGUGUUGAAUGCCCUGCUGCUAUUACUGCCAAGAGUGGAUGUAAGAGAACCGAUGAUGGUACUCAGGCUUACCCGUCUGUUGUUGCUGCGGCUGCUUCAUCGUCGUCGUCGUCGUCGUCGCCUGUUGCUGCUUCAUCGUCUUCUGCUGCUGCUCAGAAGGUUGCUGUUGCUUCGUCGUCGGCUGAGGCUGUUUCUGUCGCUUCUUCUGCUUCUGAGGUCGCACCUGCUGCUUACUCUACUUCUGAGGCUGCUCCUGUUGCUUCUUCCGAAGCUGCUGUUUCGUCCUCUUACACUGCUCCUGCUGUCGAGUCAUCUGCUGCCGCCUACUCGCCCUCCUCCGCCGCUGUCGUCGAGACUUACAGCACUACAAGCUCAUCAAGCACUGCACCUUCGUCAUCCUCCAGCUCGGACGAUGCAAACUGCAACGUCCAGUACGUCUACGAGUACGACAUGUAG